AUGGACAAGUGCCCAGACGAGGUGCUCGUCAAAAUCUGUGCUCAUAUGGACUUUCCGAGUCUGGCAAAUCUGCGACUGCUCAACAAGCGGUUGGCCGAAGUCGGAGCCGAAGCGUUGGUCAAGAGAGUGCGCUUUCACUGCACCGAGGACUCCCUUAGACGUCUACAUGCCAUAUCCCGUCACCAUGUCUUCGCCAAAUACGUCGACACUGUCGUUUUCGAAGGCAAUCUCUUAGCCAGUGUCCACUGUGUUCAUACCUACCAAAACCACUAUGAGCUCGAGCAUCACCAAAUGGAGCGACCCGCCCAGCCUCGCAAAGGUGCAACCGACCGCGAGAGGAGACUCUACGAGCGAAACAUGGCCAAGUUCAACCGCGAGAUUGAGAAAAAGUUCAAGCGCUAUCUAGAUCUAUACAACAAACAACAGAAAGUCCUCCAGUCCACCGCCUAUGCCGACUUCAUUUCGUCGAGCAUGACCUCUUUCCCGAAACUGAACAAGCUUGUCCUUUCCACUGUCGGCCGCUGCAAGCAUGUUCUCUCGGGAAGAUUCCUCGAGUCGUUUACAGCCGACUGUGCUAUGCCAAUCGAACAAGAUACCAGUUUCACCAAAGACCAGCUGAGUCAUCUACUCUUCCCGCGAGGUCAACCGCUCACCCACCUCGGCACGCUAGAAGUCCACGUCUUGAGCCCCAAAUUCUUCACUGGUUUCGUGCCGGCUGACCUGAUCUGUUGCGCCUUCCAGAACCUCAAAGUCAUCGACCUGAACUUCCGUCUGGAGAAAGACGACCGGAUCAGUUUGGAUAUUAUGACUGCGAGGCGCUGUUACGAAGAUUUUACCAAAAAUGGAUGUCUUCGGGCUGCACUCUCGGCUGCGCGUGAUUUGGAACAACUCACAAUCAACUUUGAUGAUUACGGCUACUAUGGGCCGGUGACUAGCCUCGAGACCAUUCUCGGCUCAAACACUUGGCCACAUCUCAGUGUUUUGAAUGUGGAUUGCAUGACGACGACUGAGGACUAUUUUUUGCGCACUCUGGAAGGCCAGCCGUCUCUCCGUGAUUUGCGAAUGGGCUUCAUGACUCUCGAAGAAGGUUCGUGGCCGGAGGCCACGAGGCGGAUGCGAAAGGAUUUGAAUUUGAACAUCUUCAUGGCAUGUGGUAUUCUCGAGGAUCCAGACCAGAUGUACCCGAUGCAUCUUCUUGAUACCGAAGCCUACGUGGAAGAUCACCACCAUUUCACAUUGAGCGACGCUCUUGCGCUCUACGUCACCGACGAAUUCGGCAUUCCCGAAGAGGAGGAUUACCAUCCAUUGCUCGACGACGAUUUCAACGAUGAAGAGACUUUGCGGGAGGAAUACGGUCCAUUUGCCGAUGACGACGACCCAUCGGAUAUGGACUGCAGUGACUAG